UCUGGUGUUGGCUGACAUUGAGUAGAUGUACAACAGCAACAGCGAUGUCAACGACAAACACGUCACUCGGUUCUACGCUGAGGCCGGCAGCAACUACCGAGAUAGUUUAUCAGAGAUUUGCAAUUGAACCCCAGGAUCAGACCGCCGUUAUCGGCAGCCGGGUCACGCUACCGUGUCGUGUACUCGAUCAAAAGGGCCCCAUCCAAUGGACGAAGGAUGACUUUGGCCUCGGGGCUGUCAGGAAUUUGACUGGAUAUGAACGUUAUGCUAUGGUUGGGAGCGAUGAGGAGGGAGAUUUUUCAUUACACAUCUUUCCAGUGGAAUUGGAGGACGAUGGGAAAUAUCAAUGCCAAGCUUCGCCCACCAAUGAUGGACAACCUGGGCUGAGAUCAAGAUUCGCACGUUUGAGUGUUCUUGUACCACCUCAAAAGCCGAAAAUCCUUCAGGGCGAUUUUCUUGUUACUACGGAAGAUCGUGAACUCACACUGGAAUGUAUCAGCGUGGGGGGAAAACCUGCGGCAGACAUCACGUGGAUUGAUGGACUGGGUAAUGUUUUGCACUCGGGUAUUGAGACGUCAAUUGAAAAGUACGAGGAUGGCCCAUUGUUCACUGUUAAAUCAGUACUGAAAGUUAUGCCGAGAAAGGAACAUCAUAAUACAACGUUCACGUGCCAGAGCCAAAACGCUGCUGAUCGCACACCGCAGAAUGCUAAAUUACGUGUAGAGGUACGUUAUGCCCCAAAAGUUUCUUUGAAAAUCCGUUCGGGUUUAUCUAAAAAUGGACGAAUUGUUGAGGGCUCAGAACUAAGAUUCAAAUGUCGUGCUGAAGCUAAUCCUUCAGAAAUGGAGUACAGGUGGUACAUAAACGAGAAAACGGUAAUAGGUGACUAUACGACAGAGAUGAUAAUCCAUAAUGCCACCCGGGAGCUACACGAUGCGAUCGUAAAAUGUGAAGUUCACAACGAGGUCGGCAAAAGCGAGGAAACAGAAACCCUGGAUAUAACUUAUGGUCCCCAAUUUCGUCAUCCGCCAGGAUCCGUGGAAACCCAUUACGGUGCAACCGAGAUUCUUCAAUGCGAUGUGGAUGGUAAUCCAACGCCAGAAAUCCUCUGGAUUCAUGAGGAUUCAGACAGAAUAGUAGCAACCAGUCCAAAUAUAAGUGUUGCAGUAAGUCCCGAUACAUCUGGACGUUACUACUGCAAAGCACAUGUGGCUGGAUUUCCAGAAUUAACUGGAUACGCCAACAUCUUCAUUCGUGCACCACCGAGUAUUGUAUCACAAAGGACCCAGUAUGUGCCAGAUGAGGGUGUAGUCAAGGUCAAAUGUACUGCAAUAUCAGUGCCAAAAGCUGAUUCCGUUGUGUGGAGUUUCGCUGGUCGUGAGCUAAAUUUCUCAUCAAACAAUACACCGUUCUACGUACAGGAGGAGUAUACACCAGAGAGAGUUGUCAGCACUGUUACACUUUUGGAACCUAUAUCGACGUACUUUGGGGAUUACAACUGCACUGUUACCAAUAGUUUUGGAACAGACUCAGUCAUUAUUAAACUUACGACUCAUGCGUUGAUUCCAGUCGAUUGGCAACUCAUCCUGAUAAUUGUUGGACUGGUGGUUUGUCUGAUCCUCAUUGGCAUCAUUGUGGUUCUGAUUUUGCACUGUCGUGAUCGUAUUAAGCAACCACGAACCAGAUCAGCUCAGACUCCAGAGAACGACUUGCAAGAGACAGAUUUAAACGCAGAUCGCUACCGUGAAAGUGAUCGCAGUAGCAAUCUCUCAGAUGUCAAGGCAGAUAUACGCGCUGGAUCUAGUGUGAGCAACGCGGAAAGCGUGACCGCUCUAGACAGUGAGGGAGAAGGCAGCACUAGGGGUGUAAAUGCCUUGGCUCUAGCUGGCCCAGUACCUAAUCCACUUGGUUAUCGAUACAGCGCCGAUUACACGGAACCCUCGUUUCCUCCAAAAAACACAGACGGUAGUAAUAACAACGGUUAUGUGCCCUAUGUCGAUUAUACGAGGGACUACAUGCCACCCAGUACACAGGGAAUUGGGGCAUCGCGGGAAUCACUCAGUCGUAUACCCUCAAGUGGUAUAUUGGCAUCGAAGAAAAUUGGCCUGAGUUCGGCCAAUUUGGGAAAUACCACACCACAAACUACAUCAAUAAUCGAUCCGAGAUUCUCAGCUGCAUAUGGCAAUCCAUACCUGAGAAUGUCAGCAGCUGAACAACUCAGGCACGCGCCCCACACGGCCAUACCGGGAGUGACGCCAGCACCACCCCCUUACACUCAGGCUAUGCGGAUGAAUAGCCUGAGCACACUCAAUGGUGCCGGACCACAGACGCCUCUAUCAGCGCAUUAUAUAACCGGGGGACCAAAUGGUGGUGUAGCAACAGUCAAACGUGCAUCUGGUACGGGUACACUAGCAACGCAUGUAUGAGAUCCGGAUUUCAAGUAGAAUCUCCCAUGACGAGAUUACUAUUGCAAUGACAGCCUUGCUCAUGAUAUUGCCGGUUCUCCAAAGACAUAUUCAACCUGGAAUACAUCCCUAUCCUCGUCAUCCCGAAUCAGUGAAAUUUCAAAGCCUCUGAAUUUUGAAUAUUCCCCAUUAACAGUGGAACUUGAACGGCUUCCGUAUCAAUGUAAUAGUAACACAUUCGAGCGGAUUAACAACGUACUACAACAGUUGCGAAUUGCGAGCGAUAACCAUCGUAGACUCAUUAAGGAAAAAUUAAAUGCGCAACGUCGCCUUGAAAAUGAACUAAGAAAACGAAAUAGAACACCAAAAGAGAGCUUUAACGUGACUCAAAUGGAACACUCAACUGCAGCUAAUGACUUUCGGCACAAACGAAAACCAAAAAUAAUCACAAAACUUCCUGACCUUGGUAAGCACCAGGAACAUGAGUCCCAAAGAUUAAAACUCAUGCUUGUAAGUAUGAGGUUUGGGGGAAUAUCUUGUGAAUCUGUCUUACAUAUCUCUGAACACAAGGUCAAAAAAUCAACAAGUCGUAUUUAUGAAAAUAAGUGCCAGAGUUGGGGUAAGAAAUUACGAGGAUGUGACUACGAUUCAAUUUUCGUUUGACAACGAUUCAUCCUUCAUUCGAAUUAAUUGAAAAAUAAGGAAAACUUUAUGAGUGGAUGCCAUACAAUUAUCAUUCCUGAUAAAUACCACUCGAUAUUGACAAUCUUCGACUUACUAAACUCUAGAAAAUCGGAUUAAGUAUUAAAACCUACAUUCACUGCCCUUUUUUCGACUCAGGCAAACAAAUGAAUUAAUUCUACAAUUUCAUUCUUUAUUCGAUGGUUGUUUCUGAUGAUGAUAUUGUUAGUGUAAAUUGCACCGUUGAGAAUUGCCUGGGGACAUUCAACUAUUCCAUUAGUUGAGUUUCUUCAUUUUCAACUUUAUCUCGAUCCUGAUGGAGAUGACUGAAGAAAAUUUCUACGUGAAAACUUUGAUGUUUAAAUCAAUGUCAAUAUGCCCGGAUUUGGGCUGAAAAACUACUCAAUUUAUUAUUAAUACAAAGAGUAUAAGAGAAUAAGUUUCCAUUGGCCUGAAAUUAUUUAAAGAAUACGGGCAUUUCCUUUCGUGAACUAUUUCAAAUUGCAAACGAGAAUAAACGAGACAGAGAGUUUGACUGUGUUCGUUUGUCGUCGUAACGUAGAUAGAUAAAAGUCAUUUAGAAUUAUGUGAAUAUUAUAUUACAAAAUCUGUUGUCAAUAUGAACAUAGAGCCUAUAGUUUGAUGGCACUAAAGAUAAUUUUAUUGAAAUGAGCCACGUUCUCUACUGAGUGGAAAGGGCUUCUGUACUAUAUGUAUACUAAAUAAUGAGGGAAAAUAUUAUGGAGUGACAAAUUUUUAAUGUGAUUUUUCUUUUUGUUUUUUACCAUUUAAAUAUCAUUAUUCAUGUGCAGCAUAAAUGAGAUUUUUUUAUUAUGAUUUCUUCAACUCGCCAAAAUGUAAAAUAUUUUCAACAUUCACUUGAAUUGUGAAAACAAUAUUUAUUAAUGAUAGAAUAGAUACGGAGCCCUCGAUGAAUUGACUAUCACAUCGAUGAAUUUAAAUUAUGAGAAACACAAUUUCACCACUUUUUUUAAUCGUUGUGAUAUUAUUAUUAUGAAUAAAAUUUGAAUAGAACUCUCUGAAAUGGGAUUAAUACUGUGGGAUAAUCAUUCGAGUUCGAUUCGAUGGACAUAAUAAUGCUGAAGUGAUGAGAUUGUGUGGCAUUAAAUUAACAAUGGGAUAAAUAAUCAUUGACAGAGUUUAACGAAACAGGGUAGCCUAUUCAAUUAUCGAAACAAUUCGAGAGGCUGCGUUAUUGAAAAAAAACAAUCCUUUGGAGGAUUGAACAAAUAGAAUGACAAGGAUUGUGUGAUUUUAAUGAUAAUUAUAAAAAAUCAUCAUCUAUUUCGUAGUCGUGAAAAUUUGAAAAAAAUGUCUCUACACUAUUUACGUCUGUAACAUAAUAUGUGUAAAUAACUGAAAUUAUUGCUCACCGUAUUUUGUAAGUUUAGUUAGUAUUGAGACUGAGUCACUGGUGAAAGCCAUUUCUCGCGAAUUCAAUUGAAAAAUUCUCAUUGAGAAAUACUUCUGUCGUGUCAGUGACGAUGCAAAAGAUUAACAAAUCGUGGAUUCGGGCUUACGAUGUGUCUUUCGAUUGGUAGAUUGUCCUUCUUAGCGAUAAAAAUUAAGUGCAAUUGUUUAAACUCUAUUUAUUAAGAAACAAAACAGUGAUGGUUAGAGAAUGAAAUUUCAGUUAUUGAAUAAACUUGAUGUUUGGAA